GAGCUUCUUCUCUCUCGCAAACCCUAGCAGAAACGUUUUACCUUCUCUUCCGCAGCGCCGUGCAGUCUUCUCUCGCCGGUCUCUCUCUCUGCUCUCAUCAACGUAAGUCUCUCAUCGUCCCCGGUCCGAUCUCCAGUAACUGUUUCUUUCGUCCUCUGAUCGUUUUUUCUUUCUGAUCUGCUGGCAGAAGCCAGAAACAAUGUCGUUCGGAGAGGUAGCUUGCAGUUACGCCGUGAUGAUUCUCCACGACGAUGGCAUCCCCAUCACGGCGGAGAAAAUUAGCGCAUUGGUUAAGGCCGCGAAUGUGAACGUUGAGUCUUACUGGCCAAGCCUGUUCGCCAAGUUGGCCGAGAAGCGAAAUGUUGACGACCUUAUCAUGAAUGUUGGCGCUGGUGGUGGCGGUGCUGUUGCCGUUGCUGCUCCUGCUGGUGGAGCUGCUGCACCUGCUGCUGCCGCCCCUGCAGCUGAGGAGAAGAAGGAGGAGGCCAAAGAAGAGAGUGACGACGACAUGGGUUUCUCCCUCUUUGAUUAGAAAGAAGAAAGCUAUCAUCUACCGGCUGCUGCCAUAAUCGUGUUCUGUUAUGUCCCCAAGUUUUGAUUAAGUGUAGUUAUUUAAUUCCCAAUUCGGAUUGCAACAAAAUUUUAUGUUCUGGAAUUGGGAGCUUUUUCAAAGAUUUACUAUAAUACACUACUGGUUUCGGUGAUUUGGUGAGAAUACUAAAUGCCUGAGACUUUAUGUUUCUGUUUGUGCCUCUUAUAUCAUGUAUAUGAUUAUGGUUUCUGCACCUGUUUUUUUUUUUUUUUGUUCUCCUGUGCGCGGUUGCUAGUCUAGACCUUUUAGCUGAAGGAGGCACCCUUUUUCGUGUUUGAUCGAAUAGAAUCGAGCAACCAUUGGUUGUUACGUGUGUGAUAUCGUUGGUGUUCUUAUGUUGCUAUUGACAGUAGCUGAUUCCUAAUUGUGAGUUUGCUGUGGUGCUGCCACAGCAGAGCUACUGUUAGGUUCGAGCAUGGCUGCUCCUGCUGCAAAUCCUAGAUGUGCUGAUAUGUCUGUGCUUGACAUAUGGGGUAGUUCUCUGAACAAGCUGUAGUCUGUGUAUAUUUUGCUGUGAUCUUUAGUCUUGAUACAGGUUGUAAAUCUCACUUCUAAUAUUUGCAUGAUCUUUCAACUUCAACCACAGUUUUCAGAGAUGCUGCCAGGCCCUAUCAACAAUGUUGCUGCCUGAACCUUUUAAAUGGAACUGUCACUUGAAUGGAAAAAUAGAAAAUAUAUUUCGGCUCCGAAU